ACGCGCCAUUCUGAAAAUGCGUCUGCUCGGGAAAAUCAGUCAGAAAACGCGAAAAUCGCAAGCGAGACGCGACGCGCGAGAGUUGCCGAGUCCAGCGACGACUUUUUCGAAAAAAAAAAAAAAAAUCGCCACCGCACAGCUAAAUGACCACCCCGAUACCGAAGUGUCUCGUCAGUAGUCGCAGCAGCGUGAAAUAAUCCCUUAGGAGUGCGCAACAGCCUUGUGCGCGAAGUGUAUACCAGCAAUCAAGUACAGCCGGACUUGGUAACGUUUUUUUUUUUCUUACGAUAAUUUGUCGAUAGAGGAGACUUUUUCAGAGUAUAGGCAUUUAGCUCGACACCUAACAAAAGCUUUAUCAGAACCAUAGCACGUUAUCAUCACAGCCAAAGUAUAAGUGGAGUAGCUGCUACUGGGCGUUCAUCAUGGUCUUCACGAAAGCUAUGCCGGCGGGGAAAGAGAGCGACAGCGGAAACUCGUCCAACGCCGCCCAGAGGACCACCUUCAGGCCACCCUGGGUCAAGGAGGGCCCCAACCCCCUGCCUACCCCCGCGGCGCCCUGGACUCUCAACAAGACCAACAGGAAGGACAGCAACACGGACUCGGCGGCGGAGUACAAUCCUUUAGCCGAGGUACAAUUAAGAAAGACCAACGUAAAAACAAAAGAGCCGCAGGAAAAUGGAGAAAAGGAAAAAAAGAAUAAAAUAUUAGCCAGCGUACAGCUGAGGAAGACCAAGAUAGAGGCCAAGGAGCCGCAGGAGAAUGGCAGCAAGGAGAGCUUCUUCAAGAAGCCGGCGCUCAAGCCGGUCCCACAGAGGGAGAAGACGCCCCCCAAGAAGGACCACAAGAUCCACAACCUGCCCCAGCUACAGAAGGUGUCCGAGAGGGUGCUCAAGAACAGACCAUCGGUGGUCAAAGACGACAGCUACUCGUCCUCAGAAGAAGAAGAAGAGGUGGAUGACAUCGAUAUCGAUAGGGAGGUACCGACCAAGAGGAAUGCCCUGGUGAGGGAGGCCUCCAUGAGAAGACUGUCUCAGUCAAACAUCCCGGCACCCCCACCACAGCCAGGCAUGCCUCCCCCUCCCCCGACGAUGCCCGGGGAGUUGCCCAAGAAACUACUUAACGACACACAGAAGGCCAAGCUCGAUAAGCUCAGGUCCAGACCCAAAAACAGGCCGGACUGGAACAACCUGCUGCAGGAGAUCGAGUCGAAGAAGAAGCUCAAGCAUGUCGUGUGCAACGACAGAUCACAACCCCUACUACCCGAGGCGAAGGCCCCCGACGAGCACUUCCUCUACAAGAGCGAAGAACCCAACGUCCACAACGAACUACUAAAACAGAUCGAAGGUGGCAUCAAGCUGAAAAGGGUCAAGACGAACGACAGAAGCAAACCCAACCUAGACGGCCUGAGGAAGUUCAGGAGACAGAUGACGAUCGAGGAGCAGAUACAGAAGUCUAUGUCCAUGGCGAGCAUUCCUCCAGUAAGUGUGGAGGAGAUAGCCGACGAGAUAGACGAGAUGGACGACAUCGACAAGGUCCGAGACGACCUGCAGAGCACGAAGCAGAUGCUGGCCUUGGAGUUGAGGAACAAGGAGGCCCAGGAAAGAGAAAACAAAAGACUGCUGGCCAGGCUACAGAACCUGGAGGCCGAGCUGGAGAAGGAGAAGAGUAAAAAUAAGGAGGCAGGAAACUCUGGAGGCGGUAACAAUGCAGCCGACGAGAAGAUCAUCAAAUCCCUUAAGACUGAAGUCGAAGGGGCUAGGAAAACAUCGCAAGACUUGGAGAAGAAGUAUACCCAAGCGGCGGAAGAACUAGACUCCACCAAGUCCCAGCUAGAGGAGAUGAGGAAACAGAAUCAGCUGUUGGAGAAGAGAUUGCAAGAGGCAGGACAAGCCGGUGAAAAUUGGCUACAAAAUGACGAAAUUUCCAGGUCGAUGACAGGCAAACGCCUGUCGUUGUCCGACCGCAAACACAGCACCGCCAAGGAGGAGAGCGACGAAGACCUGGAGGACGAAGAGACGGCUGAAGAGAGCGACGGGGAAGACACAGAAGAGAAACGCGAGAAGAGGGCUCAGAAGGAACUGAAGACGCUGACCAAGAAGCUGCAGAGCUUCAAGAACAAGGAGGACAACGCAAGGAAGGAACGCAUAGCCCUCAGGGAGAUCAUAAAAAAGCACCAGACGGCCAUCAAGGAGGAAAAGAAGAGGUACAAGCAACUGAAGAAAGAGGUUGACAAGAUGGAGGCCUUGAUGAAAGACAUGGACGAGGAAGAAGAGGAGGACGAGGAAGAGAAGGAACCGGAAGACGAAGAGUCCGAGGAGGAAGAGGAAGAAUCCAGCGAAGAGGAGAGCGAAAGCGAAUCAGAUGAAAGCGAUUCGGAGAGGAGCCAGAGCGAAGAUGAAGAUGCUCCAGUAGAAAAGAAGAAAACCAAUAUCACCGCCAGAGUGAAGAGGCACGAGAACAUACUGAACGCCUUGAAGAAGGGCAACUUCCUGCUUAAGACGAAUGCGGAAAGGUUACAAGACGACCUGAACAAGCAGAAAGAGCUGACAGCCAGCUUACAGGAGGAUUUGGAUUCCGUUCUGUCGGAAUUAGGCUAAUUGCACCCCCGAUGUUCAGAGAUUUACAGAAACUUCUCUAAAAACACUUGAGGUUUGAUUUUGAGUGGAAACGCGUGUGCAUUUCUUAAAUAUGCAUAAUGUUACGUGGAUUUUGUGCGAUUUAAAGCAAUACAUUCUAAUGGGAAAGUGGCAACACUAAGAACAAAUUUAUUUCAUUUUCUAGAUGAACCGACAGGCUAUUUAAUGAUAUACAGGGUGGUUCAUAGCGUGUGUAAACAAUUUUAGAGGGAGACUGAACAUCAACAAUAUUGCAUGAUCUGUAACUUUAAAAUAUUGUGUAUUGUAUCUACACCAUUAAUUGGAUACAAGCUCAUAAGGCGAACAUGCAAUAUUUUUAAUACUCCAUCUUCCUUCGUUUCUUUUUACAUGCAAUGUGAAUGACCCUGUAUGCGUACGAUAGUUUUCAAUGUUGCAUUAACCGUCAAGUGUUUUCUUCAACAAUGUAUUACGACUAAGAUUUUACCAUAGUAUUUAAACUAUUUUAGGUUUCAGGCAUGUACUUAUACAGAUUGAAAUACUUAUCAAAUUAUGUAUUAAAACAGAUUUUAUAUAUGAAUUUUGGUUUCAACUAAACAGUUAAUGGGAAAGUCUGUGUUCUUAUAGGUGUUAAUCCUAGUGUAUAAAAUAUGAUUUAAUCGAGGCUCUAAAAUUGAUUCUGUACAUAUACAAAUUUUCCUAACAUAGAUUAAGUCUCCUCAAAUUUUUAUAUUAUUUACGAAUAUUUGUUAAUGAAUUGUGGAAAUAAAGUGUGACCAGCUUCUA